AUGGAGGCGCGUCGACUGUCCCUGCCAUGCCAGCAAGCGGACAAUUCUCUUCGCGUCCCUGUUCUGGGUUGUCGGGGGGACUUUGAUUUUCCUCUGCUCUUCGAGGAAAUCAUCUUAGAGGUGCUGCCUUUAGGAAUACUGUUGAUAGCCAGCCCGUUUCGUCUGUGGUUCUUAUCUCAAAAGCCGCGCAAAGUAACAGGGUCGUGGGUUUUAUGGUUCAAAAUUUUCACAUGGAUUAUCCUAGGGGCGAUUCAUUUCGCUCUUGUUGCACUGUGGUCUCUCCCUUCGGCGGUACGGACGCGCGCCUCCAUUGCGACGAAUACCGUGACCGCGGUGGGGGUGAUCUUCUUGGGCAUCCUCUCCUACUCCGAACACAAUCGCUCCGCUAGACCCUCUUUUCUUCUCAACGUCUAUCUUUUCUUUACGCUUCUAUUCGAUGUCGCGAAGACACGAACAUUAUGGCUUCGAGACAUAGGAGGAUCCGGAAGAACCAUUGCCAUUGUCACUUCUGUGGCUACUGGGGUCAAACUUCUUCUCCUCCUUCUUGAGACGCUGGAGAAACGACGCCUUCUCAAGGAAGACUACAGGGACUAUUCGCCCGAAGCCACUGCUGGGUUUUUGAAUCGCGCCUUCUUCCUGUGGUUAAAUCCUUUGUUCAUGCAGGGCUUUUCCAAGAAGCUAGCCGUGGAAGAUCUUUUUGCACUCGACAAGGCCCUGGGCUCGCAACGACUCCAGGAUGCUCUGGAAAUCAAUUGGAACCAAGUUGGAAACCCAGGUGACAAUGCAUUGCUUUUUACGAUUUUCAGAACUUUCUCGUGGCAAUUGCUCGCAGCCAUAGUCCCACGGGCUUGUCUCGUCGCGCUAAACGUUUGUCAACCUCUGCUGUUGCAUCGAUCGCUUUCCUUCACUUCAGAACCAGACACGAGUAAAUCUACCAACGUCGGGUACGGGUUGAUUGGUGCUUACAUCCUCGUGUACACGGGAAUGGCGGUAUCCAUGGGACAAUACCAGCAUUUGACGUAUCGUGUCAUUACAAUGGUAAGAGGAGGGGUUGUCUCUAUGGUCUAUAAGAAAUCAGGUACUCUGAGCGUGAAGGAUGCCGAUCCUGCGGCAUCUCUCACGUUAAUGAGUGCGGACAUCGAGAGAAUCGUUCAGGGCUGGCAAACAAUACACGAUAUUUGGGGGAAUACUCUAGAGAUAGCUUUGGCAAUUUUUCUCCUUGAGCGGGAGUUAGGAGUUUCCUGUGUUGUUCCGGUCGCUGUCUCACUUGUGGCGCUCGUUGGAUCUUUAAUCUCACUUUCUCUUGUUGUUUCGAGGCAGGCCAUGUGGCUUGAGGCUAUCGAGAGACGUAUCUCCUCAACAGGGUCGAUGCUUGCUUCGAUGAAAGGGAUAAAGCUGCUUGGACUCAGCCACUUCUUCAUGACCCAUGUUCAUGGCUUGCGUCUGGAGGAGCUUAAAAUAUCCAAAAGUUUCCGAAGGAUCCUGGUCUGGAACCUGGCCUUUGCUUGGAUGACACGCAUUUUUGCGCCGAUCUUUACAUUUGGCGCGUUUGUCGGCAUAUCGCAUAGUAGGGGGAAUGAUGCGGCUCUCAACACUUCAAAUGCAUACACUUCGCUAUCGCUUUUCGCCCUCCUUUCAGAUCCGCUACUAUCUCUUGUAAUGGCGCUGAUGACAUUCGUUGGCUCGGUCGGGUCUUUCAGGAGAAUUCAAGAAUUCCUUCAAAUGGAAAGCCAUGUGGAUUCCAGGUGCGGACUAACGCCACUCCCGAUCGACGUUCUUCAUGAGCCGAAGAUCUUGGGGUUGGUUGGGGAUUCGGAAUUGUCCACAGACGAGUCGAGCUCAUCACAGUCGUUUAAGGGCGUGUCUCUGGCCUUGCCCCACGAGAUUAUCACAAUCAAGAGCGCAAACUUUGGAUGGGAUAUGGAGAAAGAUCCUCUUCUCAAUGAUUUGACUAUUAACAUUCCUCGGGAAUCCUUUUCUAUCAUUGUCGGGCCAUCCGGCUGUGGAAAAUCAACGCUGCUCAAAGCUAUUCUUGGAGAGACACCAUGUCUCGGCGGGAGCCUUGUCCUAUCAUCCCAGAGUGUUGCAUAUUGUGAUCAAGUCCCCUGGCACAUGAAUGCAACUAUCAAGGACAGCAUUAUAGCAAUGUCAUGCUAUGAUGAAAAGUGGUACAGUUCCGUGAUAACUGCAUGCGCCCUCGUCGAAGACUUCCGGCAGCUCCCAAGAGGCGACCAGACAGUUAUUGGCAGCAAAGGUAUUGCCCUGAGUGGGGGGCAGAGUCAACGCAUUGCACUCGCAAGAGCAGUGUACGCCAGGAAAGAUAUUGUUAUUCUUGAUGACGUUCUAAGCAGCUUGGAUGCAACAACUGAGGAUCAUGUCUUCCAUCACCUAAUUGGAACACAUGGCCUGCUCCGCUCGAUAGGCUCCACUGUUAUAUUUGCUUCUUCCUCUGUAAAACGAAUCCCAUACGCUGACCACAUCGUGGUGCUUGAUCUAGAAGGCCGAAUCACAGAGCAAGGAGGCUUCAAAGCCCUUGACUCCGCCGGAGGAUACGUCUCCAGCUUUGCAUUAGGGGCACCUGACUGGAAUUUCAAGGCAAAACGUCUCCCCGAACUGGAAAUCUCAAAGGCUCCAGUUGAUCUGAAUGAAAAAGACAUAGGGCAUGUUAUUGAUAACUUCGGAAGCGAAGGUGACGUUUCAAUCUACCUUUACUAUGUUCGGUCUAUCGGCUGGCUACCGACGAUGGUUUUCACUAUAGCAAUAACGGGAUUUGUGUUUUGCAUCUCAUUCCCAAGCAUUUGGGUAAAAUGGUGGGCUCGGUCGAAUGAGACAGAUCCCGGCACGCAAACAGGAUACUAUAUUGGAAUACAUGCAAUGCUCGGUGUCCUCGGCAUGAUCUCUCUCAUGAUAGGCUGCUGGUCUGUACAUAAUAUAUCAUUCAAGCUAACGAUUGAACUCAAUGCUAAUCGUAUGUCCAACUUUAGGCAGAUGAUCAUCAGCAUGGUGCCAAAGUCAGGCGAGAAGUUUCACCGCCAGCUCUUGAGCAAAGUUCUUAGCGCGCCUAUGCUAUUCUUUUCGAGUACGGACACCGGAGCUAUUCUCAACAGAUUCAGCCAGGACCUACAACUUAUAGACAUGGAGCUUCCAGUUGCCGCCAUAAACACAUUCGUCACCUUCGUCCUUUGCUUGUGCCAGAUGGUUUUCAUGGGAAUCGCCUCUAAAUAUGCGGCCAUUUCGUUCCCGCUGGUUAUCUUCAUAAUUUACAGCAUACAGAAAGUUUACCUUCGCACCUCGCGGCAGUUGCGGUUCUUGGAUCUUGAAGCAAAGGCUCCUCUAUACGCUCAUUUCACCGACUGCCUCGCAGGUCUAACCACCGUAAGGGCUUUUGGGUGGCAGCAAGCAUUACAAGAUAAGAACCAUAGGCUCCUUGACUACUCUCAGAGGCCCUUCUAUUUCCUCUAUGCCAUCCAAAGGUGGCUUACAUUGACGUUAGACAUGGUCGUUGCUGGAAUUGCGGCUGUCCUGAUUAUUUUAGUCGUGACAUUAAGAGGAUCAAUUGGCGCCGGCUAUGUCGGAGUCGCUCUGCUCAACGUCAUCCUGUUCAGCCAAAGCAUUAAAUUGCUUGUGACCUUCUGGACAAAUCUUGAAACUCACAUUGGUUCAAUACUACGCGUGAAGUCGUUCAGUGAAAAUGUGGCUUCGGAGGAUCAACCCGAUGAGAAAGGGACUGUACCUCCAGAAUGGCCAUCGAGAGGUGAAAUAUCUUUCGAGAAUGUUUCUGCAGAGUAUAGGGCUUCCGAGCCAGUGCUCAACAACAUUUCAAUUGCUAUACAGGCAGGAGAAAAAGUUGCAAUUUGCGGGAGAACUGGCAGUGGCAAAACUUCUCUCAUCAUGAGCAUCUUCCGCAUGGUUGAUAUUACGUCUGGGAGCAUCCUGAUUGAUGGAAUCGACAUAUCUCAAAUACCCCGUCAAGAAAUCCGCUCCCGCAUAAACGGCGUUUCCCAAAGCCCAUUGUUAAUCCAAGGGAGUGUCAGGAAAAACAUUGACCCAACUGGUCACUGUUCUGACCAUUCCGUAUUGGCAGCUCUCAAGACCGUCCAGCUCUCUACAAAAGUUCAAGAAAAGGGGGGUCUUGAUACGGACAUCGAUGAACUCUUCCUAUCCCAAGGGCAGAAACAGCUCUUCUGCCUGGCUCGGGCAAUUCUACGAUCAGGCAACAUUCUUGUUCUCGAUGAGGCUACUAGCAGUGUCGAUACUAGAACCGACGAGAUAAUGCAACGUAUCAUCCGAGAAAAGUUCGCCAAGCACACCAUCGUCACAGUUGCCCAUAAGCUUGAGACGAUUCUCGACUAUGACAGAGUCAUCGUGCUUGAUUCUGGCCGUAUAAUUGAGUCAGGAAAUCCUCACAAUCUCCUUGCUUCAGACUCUCACUUCAGCAGUCUGUAUGCAAAAUCGGUGCUGGAAGAGUCGGAGUAAGCUAUAUAUACGACACGCCAUACGCUCAAAAUAAACGUCUUCUUUGCUUUCCAUACUCGCGGUUUUUUUGGAUCUAGUUUGAUUCCCUAUCUCUCUUUGUUUGAUUGCUUUUGUGUAGAGUUAUAUUCGGGGCCAAAGCCCUUCCAAGGUUGGGAGGCUAGGGAGUAUAUAUGUUUCAGGCGCAUGCACAUACUACUUUAUAUCAGACCUUUAAUCUCAUU